UCGGGCUCGGGGCCGCGGCCGGCGUUCCGGGUUCGGCGCUGCCUCCCGGGCCGCGCGCUGUCUGCGGCCCGCCCGUUCGCCGCGCGGUGCAGUGUCUGCCGGGUGGCGCGUCCCCGGGCCGCGAGCGCCUGCCCCUCCCUCCCCUCCCCCUUGGCCCGCUCUCAGACUCAGAUAAAGCAUUUCCUUCCAUUGUCAUCCUACCCGGCCGGCCGGGCUGCCAGGGCCCUCCCCCUCCCGGCCCCCUCCCUUCCUCUCGCCGUCUCACAGUCGCUCUGCAGCCUCCGGCGACUGGGGGGAUGUGAGGCCGGCGCCCCAGCCCCCCGCCCGCCAUGAGCCCCCCGCUCUGAGGGCCGCGGCCCCUGGAUGCACAGCCCCAGCGCCGAUGGGACCCAGGUGAGCCCGGGUGCCCACUGUCGCAGCCCCACUGGCACAGGCUGCCCCAGGCCCUGUGCAGACACACCAGGCCCUCAGUCCCAGCCCAUGGACCUGCGGGUGGGCCAGCGGCCCCCAGUGGAGCCCCCACCAGAGCCCACAUUGCUGGCGCUGCAGCGUCCCCAGCGCCUGCACCACCACCUCUUCCUAGCAGGCCUGCAGCAGCAGCGCUCGGUGGAGCCCAUGAGGCUCUCCAUGGACACGCCCAUGCCCGAGUUGCAGGUGGGACCCCAGGAACAAGAGCUGCGGCAGCUUCUCCACAAGGACAAGAGCAAGCGAAGUGCUGUAGCCAGCAGCGUGGUCAAGCAGAAGCUGGCAGAGGUGAUUCUGAAAAAGCAACAGGCAGCUCUCGAGAGAACAGUCCAUCCCAGCAGCCCCAGCAUCGCCUACAGAACCCUGGAGCCCCUGGAGACAGAAGGAGCCACCCGCUCCAUGCUCAGCACCUUUUUGCCUCCUGUUUCCAGCCUGCCCAGUGACCCCCCAGAGCACUUCCCCCUGCGCAAGACAGUCUCUGAGCCCAACCUGAAGCUGCGCUAUAAGCCCAAGAAAUCCCUGGAGCGGAGGAAGAAUCCACUGCUUCGGAAGGAGAGUGCUCCCCCCAGCCUCCGGCGACGACCUACAGAGACCCUCGGAGACUCCUCCCCAAGUAGUAGCAGCACGCCCGCGUCAGGGUGCAGCUCCCCCAAUGACAGCGAGCACGGCCCCAACCCCAUCCUGGGCUCGGAGGCGCUCUUGGGCCAGCGGCUGCGGCUGCAGGAGACUUCUCUGGCCCCGUUCGCCUUGCCGACAGUGUCCUUGCUGCCCGCUAUCACGCUGGGGCUGCCCGCCCCUGCCAGGGCUGAUAGUGACCGCAGGACCCAUCCGACUCUGGGCCCUCGGGGGCCGAUCCUGGGGAGCCCUCACACUCCCCUCUUCCUGCCCCAUGGCCUGGAGCCCGAGGCUGGGGGUACCUUGCCCUCUCGCCUACAGCCUAUUCUCCUUCUGGACCCCUCAGGCUCUCAUGCCCCGCUGCUGACUGUGCCUGGGCUUGGGCCCCUGCCCUUCCACUUUGCCCAGUCCUUAAUGACCACCGAGAGGCUCUCCGGGUCAGGCCUCCACUGGCCACUGAGCCGGACUCGCUCAGAGCCCCUGCCCCCCAGUGCCACCGCUCCCCCACCGCCGGGCCCCAUGCCCCACCUGGAGCAGCUCAAAACUCACAUGCAGGUGAUCAAGAGGUCAGCCAAGCCGAGUGAGAAGCCCCGGCUGCGGCAGAUACCCUCGGCUGAAGACCUGGAGACAGAUGGCGGGACACCCGGCCAGGGGGUGGAUGAUGGCCUGGAGCACAGGGAGCUGAGCCAUGGACAGCCCGAGGCCAGAGGCCCUGCAUCUCUUCAGCAGCACCCCCAGGUAUUGCUCUGGGAACAGCAGCGACUGGCUGGGCGGCUCCCCCGGGGCAGCACCGGGGAUACUGUGCUGCUUCCCCUGGCCCAGGGAGUGCACCGGCCCCUGUCCCGGGCUCAGUCUUCCCCAGCCGCACCUGCCUCACUGUCAACCUCGGAGCCCCCCAGCCAGGCCCGAGUCCUCUCCAGCUCAGAGACCCCUGCCAGGACCCUGCCUUUCACCACAGGGCUGGUUUAUGACUCGGUCAUGCUGAAGCACCAGUGCUCCUGCGGAGACAACAGCAGGCACCCGGAGCACGCCGGCCGCAUUCAGAGCAUCUGGUCCCGGCUGCAGGAGCGGGGGCUCCGGAGCCAGUGUGAGUGUCUCCGAGGCCGGAAGGCCUCCCUGGAAGAGCUGCAGUCGGUCCACUCUGAGCGGCACGUGCUCCUCUAUGGCACCAACCCGCUCAGCCGCCUGAAACUGGACAACGGGAAGCUGGCAGGGCUCCUGGCACAGAGGAUGUUUGUGAUGCUGCCCUGUGGUGGGGUUGGGGUGGACACUGACACCAUCUGGAAUGAGCUGCAUUCCUCCAAUGCAGCCCGCUGGGCCACUGGCAGUGUCACCGACCUCGCCUUCAAAGUGGCUUCCCGUGAGCUGAAGAAUGGUUUCGCUGUGGUUCGGCCCCCAGGACACCAUGCAGAUCAUUCAACAGCCAUGGGCUUCUGCUUCUUCAACUCAGUGGCCAUCGCCUGCCGGCAGCUGCAGCAGCAGAACAAGGCCAGCAAGAUCCUCAUUGUAGACUGGGACGUGCACCACGGCAACGGCACCCAGCAGACCUUCUACCAAGACUCCAGUGUGCUCUACAUCUCCCUGCAUCGCCAUGACAACGGCAACUUCUUCCCGGGGAGUGGGGCAGUGGAUGAGGUAGGGGCUGGCAGUGGUGAGGGCUUCAAUGUCAAUGUGGCCUGGGCUGGAGGCCUGGACCCCCCCAUGGGGGAUCCGGAGUACCUGGCUGCUUUCAGGAUAGUCGUGAUGCCCAUCGCCCGAGAGUUCUCUCCAGACCUGGUCCUGGUGUCUGCUGGGUUUGAUGCUGCUGAGGGCCACCCGGCCCCGCUGGGUGGCUAUCAUGUUUCUGCCAAAUGUUUUGGGUACAUGACACAGCAGCUGAUGAGCCUGGCAGGAGGCGCAGUGGUGCUGGCCUUGGAGGGUGGCCAUGACCUCACAGCCAUCUGUGAUGCCUCUGAGGCCUGUGUGGCUGCUCUUCUGGGCAACAAGGUGGAUCCCCUUUCAGAAGAAGGCUGGAAACAGAAACCCAACCUCAACGCCAUCUGCUCUCUGGAGGCCGUGAUCCGGGUGCACAGUAAAUACUGGGGAUGCAUGCAGCGCCUGGCUUCUUGUCCAGACUCCUGGGUGCCUCGGCCGCCAGGAGCUGACAAAGAAGAAGUGGAGGCAGUGACCGCACUGGCAUCCCUCUCUGUGGGCAUCCUGGCUGAAGACAGGCCCUCGGAGCAGCUGGUGGAGGAGGAAGAACCUAUGAAUCUCUAAGGCUCUGGAACCAUCUGCCUGCCCAUCAUGCCCUUGGGACCUUGUUCUCUUCUAACCUCUGGCAGUUCCUGGGUCUUUAGAGAUCCUGUGGGCAGGUAGUUGGGACCAGGGAACAGCCUGCCUGCUUUUGAUGGUCAUCCAGGGAGCCUGCAAAAUCCCUGUGUCUAGAAUGGGGACUGGAGAGGACCCUGAGAGAAGGCAGGCUGGCGGUGAGCCCCCACAGUGCUCUACCCUCCGGGGUCUGGGCCCUGGCUGUGGCCCCCAUUCCUCAGGACCGCACAGAGGAGAACUGGCUCUGGCUCCGUCGGACUCGCCCUUAACCACUAUUCCUGGCUCUGCAGACCCCAGACUUUGCACACAGCCCCAGGCUCCACACAGAAAUGUGAACUUGGCCUCAGACCGGGUGGCCCUUCCUAGACUCUAGGGGCUGGGAGGGGACUGGGGAGCCAAGAGGUUCCAUAUCCCUGAGUGCAGUGGGAGUUCCUCUCACUUGCUUCCUCAGAUGACUCUGGAAGCUUCCCCUGGCCACUGAGCACUGAGGUGAAGCUCCCUGAUAGCCGAGACCGACAGCCCUCCAUCUGUCCCUGCCCCUGCCAGAGGCCUCUGAUGCGGACCUCCUGUUGGUGCCCUGGUGUCAUGGACGGGAGCUCUGGGGGUCCUGUGCUUCCUGAUCCAAUGGUGCCAAACCCUUCAUCUCCCCCAGAAGCACAGGUUACCCCCGGGACCCCUCAGCCACAGCCCCUCUGGGAGCCUUCUGUUUCUGGGGCUUCCCCCACACAGGACUAGCCUGGCUGAGGGGGAAGGGGUGGGAGAGAAGAUACAGACAUGGAGGAGGGGAGGCUGCUCUGGCAAAGUCUUCAAGGCUUUUGGGGGUCCAGGCCUGGGACCAAGAAGGAAAAUGUGUGUGAGCGUGUGUGUGAGGAUUGUGUGUGAACGUGUGUGAGGCGUGUGUGUGUCUGUCCUAGGACCCCCCAUACCCUGUGUAUGUAUGCAUGUUUUUGUAAAAAGGAAAAAAAUGGAAAAAAAUCUGAACAAUAAAUGUUUUAUUUGCUUUAAAA